CCGUAGUUCGUGACCUCAUCCGAGAGUAUCACGACGUUUUCCCAUCGUCGUUCUCGUAUGCGGGCAUCCCACUGAUGCGUGACGUCGAGCAUUCCAUUCAGCUUGUGCCUGACUAUCGUGUUCACCACCAGGCACCCUACAGACUCUCGAUUCCUGAGGCCAUCGAACUCAAGCGUCAGCUUGAGGAGCUACUGCGACUGGGUUUCAUUAAACCCAGCAACUCCCCGUGGGGUGCACCCGUCCUCUUUGCUCGCAAAUCGGAUGGAACUCUUCGUCUCUGCAUCGACUAUCGCGGUCUCAACCGCUACACGGUUCAGAACAGCUACCCCAUGCCUCGUUCCGAUGAGUUGUUUGACCGCCUAGCAGGCAACCGCUUCUUUACGAAGAUUGAUCUUCGUAGCGGUUACCAUCAGAUCCGCGUCGCUGCAGCCGACCAGCCGAAGACAGCGUUCCGAUCGCACUUCGGCCACUACGAGUUUACAGUGAUGCCAUUCGGCCUCACCAAUGCACCCGCCACCUUCCAGAGGGCGAUGAACGACAUCUUCAGGGACAUCCUGGAGCAGUACGUUCUCGUCUACCUUGACGAUAUCCUGGUCUACAGUCGUACCCUUGAGGAGCACCUCAGACACCUCCGCGACGUCCUUGACCGCUUGCGCAGACAUGGCUUCUACGCCAAGCUGAGCAAGUGCCACUUUGCCCAGCACAAAGUGGAUUUCUUAGGACACUACGUGUCUGACCAGGGUCUCCACAUGGACGACGCGAAGAUCACUGCUAUUGUGGAGUGGCCCGCCCCCACAUCCGCCAAGCAGCUUCGCAGCUUCCUAGGCCUGACCAGCUACUAUAGUAACUUCAUCUGGGGAUACGCAGUAGCAGAGUUCCAUGACCAGGCAGCCGCCGGUCAUAUGGGCUUCCACAAGACGUUGGCUCGUGUGAGCCGCCUGUACGUCUGGCCGAAGCGCAAGGACUUUGUGAAGGACUACGUCGCAGAGUGUCCCACCUGUCAGGAGGUGAACAGUGCGAACCACCUACCUUAUGGUUUGCUCCAGCGUCUUCCUAUCCCUGAGGGUCGUUGGCAGUCCAUUUCGAUGGACUUUAUCGGUCCUCUUCGACCUCCGACCCCCCGCGGUCAUGAUGCUAUCCUGGUCGUCGUCGACCGCUUCACGAAGCGUGCACGCUUUGUUCCGUGCCGCUAUGCCAUCAGUGCACGUGAGGUCGCCGACAUCGUAUUUGACCGAGUCGUGCGUGACCACGGCUUACCUCUGAGCAUCAUAUCUGACCGUGACCYGCGCUUUACCAGCCGAUUCUGGCGACGGCUCCGCGAGGUGUACGGCACUCAGCUCCGCUUCUCCUCGUCUUACCAUCCUCAGACUGAUGGUCAGACCGAGAUCACGAACAGGACUCUCGGAGAUAUUUUCCGAAAGAUUGUUCGUGACGACCAGCAGUGGGACCUCCAUCUUGCCCAUGCGGAGAUAGCCAACAACCACGCCGUUUCGCCAGCCACGGGGAUGUCGCCUUACUAUUGCGACCUCGGCUAUCACCCUCGUGUUCCCGCGGACUUUCUUCGACCGUCACAGAUGCACCCCGACACAAGUUGUCCCGCGCUGGAUGAUUGGGUUGCACACAUGACGUCGAUCAUGAAGACCGCACAUGAGCACAUAGCCGCUUCCCAGACUCGCAUGGCAGCACGCGCGAACCGAUCGAGGAUGGACCAUCCAUUCAAAGUCGGUGAUGAUGUGCUUAUCGACGCCCUCUACUUACAGCUCGAAGCGGACAUGCUUCGCAAGUUUCGGUGUCGCUUCUUUGGCCCAUGCCGCAUCUCCAGGCCAUCGGUUCUGAUACGGCAUCUAGCCCGAGCUCAGGCGAAGAGCGAGAUAAAGCGGAUCGCGAGGGAGAGAGGGGGAACUCGCAACCUCGGUGUCCAGGCGGGGGGAAAGCUCCGAACAGAGCGACGAGGAGAAAGGUUGCGAGACGAGAGGAAACAGGCGCAGGGAAGAGAAGAAGAAGAAGAAGAAGAAGAAGAAGAAGAAGAAGAAGGGAGAAAGGAAAGGAGGAGCCGUGAGAAAGGGAGAUGGGUGCCGAUGAGCCAAUGCGCCAAGGAGGAAGGUGGAUGCCGGGACGGGAAGAGCAUGAACGUGCGGGCAACACAUGUCAGGAUCGUGGUGAUCUCGACGGUUUUCCGCUGGAGAAUGCGACGCAUCUACGGACUGCUGACGACGACGACGACGGCAACGAUGGAGCAAGAAAGUGAGAACAAGUGAGUCUCGAGUCUCGUGGCUCACCCCGACAUUGUCAACGACCAAAACGAGGGAAAUAAAUAAAUAAAUAAAUAAGCAAAUAAAUC